CCACGACACGGGCCAAUUGGACGUCCCACAAUGGCGCGUGGUAAUCGAGCCUCGGAGUCUGUGGCACCAAUGCAACCACCACCGCUUGUCCUACCUGUCGCAGAGUUCGAAAAAGUCGAAGAGUCUUCCAAAGUCAACAAUGGUGUUCACGACAACCAAAUGAAGGCUUAUGGAUUUAAUGAUCUGUCAAACUAUCAAAGGCCUGACCACUACGUUCGUCAUAUUGAACCACUGGAGCUGGACCUCGCCACACAGGUCGAGUAUGAUAUGGAUGAACAAGACGAGGAAUGGUUGAUUGCCGUGAAUGCGGACAGGAAGAAGAUGCAGGUGGACACUGUUUCUUAUGAGACGUUUGAGAUUAUCAUGGACCGAUUGGAGAAAGAAUGGUACAAUUUGACCAAAAACAUUCCUAAACCUCAUUUCGAUAUGCCUUCAGAAGAUUCUACUUGUGCGAUAUGCGACGAUGCGGAGGGCGAGAAUAGCAAUGCCAUCGUAUUUUGCGAUGGAUGCAAUUUGGCUGUGCAUCAAGAAUGCUAUGGUGUUCCCUACAUCCCAGAAGGCAUUUGGUUGUGUCGCAAGUGUAGCACUUCUCCAGAAACACCUGUCGAAUGCUUUCUAUGUCCAAAUGAGGGUGGCGCGUUCAAGAUGACUGACCACGGGCAAUGGGUUCACCUUCUAUGUGCCAUGUGGAUUCCAGAGAUGACCGUCCAGAACGAGGUUUACAUGGAUCCAACGAUCGCGUUGGAGGACAAGCUUAUGGACAGGAUGAAGAGACUGAAAUGCAGCGUAUGCAAAAUUCGAACGGGAGCUUGCAUACAAUGUACCAUCAAAAACUGCUACACGCCUUUCCAUGUAACUUGCGCUCGGAAAGAGAAGUUUCUGCUUCCCAUGAAAAAUCUUCAAGGCUCCGAACCUGUGGGGACGCUCAGAUGCUACUGUGACAAACACCUUACCCCAACGCAAAAAGCCGCUCGAGAGGCAGCAAAGACAGAAGAAGAAGAACAGAGCGUCGAGAAGAUCUCCAAUACUGCUCGUGCCCAUGCCAAGGCUUUUCAGACAGGAGCGCCUCUUGUUCCGUGGAUCAUCGUAGACAGGAUCGCCCAAUACAUCGGGAGGAUUAACGUACGCAAAAAGGUCGAAUUCAUCAUUCUCGUGUGCAAAUAUUGGAGUCUUAAGAGGGAAGCGAGGAGAGGCGCCCCUCUUUUGAAGCGACUACAUUUGGAGGCUUGGCCUUCUAGCACAAGGAAUCAGUCCCAGACUACCGCCGAAAAAAUUCAGAAGAAGACCAUGCUUAAACGUCUGCGUAAGGAUCUUGACUAUGUCAAACGGUUGUCCGUCAAGAGCUACAAACGAGAGAUGCGUAAACUUGAUCAGUUACACCUCAUUCAAGAUGUUCUAUCAAAAUUCAUAUUCCCUCACGAGCCACGACUACGCUCAGCUUUUGAACGUAUUGUAAGCGUCGAUAAGAAUGGGUAUUUUCAGAAUCCUGUUUCGAAGCUCAAGGUUCCCGAUUAUUUUGACAUCAUCAAGCAUCCCAUGUGCUGGAAUAUAAUCGAGGGAAAAUUAGACCGGCAUGAAUAUUGGGACUUCCAAACCUUCAAAGAUGAUAUUUAUCUCGUCUGCAAUAAUGCCAUUGUUUAUAACAAGGCCGGAUCGCCUUAUUCCAACACAGCCAAACGGAUUCUUAAUGCUGCGGAGCCUAUCUUCAAGGAGCUUCAUGAACAGUGUCUACCCCAGUCGUCCGAAUACAUUCCAGCAGAAGGUGCCAUGGAGGUUGACAUCCUACAGUCCACAUCCUCCGUACCUGCCCCGGCAGAGAAUGAGAUGCAAGUAGACAAUCCCGAAGCGGAAUCUGGACAAAACCACCAUUCGGCGGUGGACAUGAAUGCUAUGGAGGUGGAUGUUACGCACGCAAAACCCGAAAUCGGGGAUCUUGAAACACCUCUCCCGCUGCUGGAACUUCUCUUAUCCAAAGAAGCCUUGCAGGAUGAUGUGCAGUACAUCAUCAACGAAGAUCCCCUUUCUUCCCUCUUCAGCUACGAACUUGGUCAGAUAAAACCUCCGCCGCCAUCCAAAGAAAAGAAGCCUGCCACUACGAAAAGGAAACGCGAUCGCAGGGCGGAGAAUGCUCGGCGGGAGGCUAGGCGAGCUGAACAAGCUGCCCUCGAAGCUGUCAACGCCGAAUCUCGCGCACCAAAGAGAAGUCGUCGUGCUACUUCGAAUACAACGGAUAACGAGCUAGACGAGCAAGGCCAAGGUCAGGAAGGUUCAGAUGGUCAGGCAGAAGCGUCUUCAUCCACGUCGGUCCUACAAUACCUGCCAAGCGGACAAAUGAGCACGCCGCUUUUGGUCGACUCUGUUGGACAUAGAGAUUCGUUCCUAAUGUUUGAGGCUGGAUGGAUCUUGCCUGAAGGCCAGAAGCGUGGCCGAAGAUCGACACAGGCUGCACCACAACCAACACCAGUGCCAUCGAAGAAGACUCAGCAAAGGAGGAAGAGUCGUGCAAAAUCGUCUUUGGGCGUUUUCAGUACGGGCGAAUCCGAGAACCUGACACUAAGCACGGAGAACAAUAUGCUUCCUCAGGAUCUGCCAGCUACUCCAACAGAACACGUCGAAGAGGAGGUGCCAGCAGAGACCCUAUCGGAAGACGACGUCAAGGAAAGGCCUGUAGAAGAAGUAUCCACGACAGGAUCUCCACAAGAUGGAUCGGACAUAACCCUUGAUGGGGAACACGAGGAGUACCCACCACAAGGACCUCUUGACGUCCCAACAGAACCGCCACUCACGCCCAUGGUGCCAUCGCCACAGCGUGAUCCUUCACCGACGUCUCAGAACGUGUCGACACCUCCCUCACCAUUAAGACCUAGAGACUUCUCCCCGUCGCCAGAAGAUGUGCAGAGCCCCAUGGUUAUUGAUUUACCUGUCUCAGCUGUGAGGGAUGAACCUAUGGUGGACACCCGACGCUCUGCCACCCCGGAUCGUACGGCCGGCAUCAAAUUAGAGCAGAUUGCUCUUGUUCUAACAGAUCGUCAAGCAAGCACCUCUGAAACGGAAAUUGGGAAUGACGUCGAACCUGAUAUUAGUAUCAGUUCUCAACCUGGAGCUGAGGCAGAGAUCAAUGCUGAACUUGAUGCCGAUACUGAGGUUCGUACAGCAGAAGUCAAUGCAGAGGUUCAUCCCGAGGUCGCCCAGGUUCAUGAACCUGAGAUCGACGAGGUCCCCGAACGAGAGAUCAGCGAGGUUCCCGAACCAGAAAUUAACGAAGUGCCUGAACUUGAAAUUCCCGAAGUUCGCGAAGUUGAGACCGAUGAGGUUUAUACACAACUUCCACAGGUGGACACACAACCUCCUCAAGUCGAUACUCAGCCUCCGGAGACCGCUACGCAAUCUCAUGUCGACAUCCAGGCCCUUCCAGACGACAGCGAGGUCCAUUCUGAUCCUUUACGGGAUCAUGCGAACGAUGACAUCCAAAUACGUGCAGAGGUCGAUGUUCAUAAUAUACCGGAUUCUAUUUUGGGUGACCAAGUCGGCAGUGAUGCUUGCGUAGAACCAGAAGGCCACAUACAGGCGCAAACGUCUCCUGAUAUAUCGGAUGCUGCCUUGGAUGACGAGGUCGGUGUUGAUGCUGGCAUAGAACCAGCAGUGGAUAUUCAGGUGCAAACGUCUCCAGAGGCAGAUACCACGGUCCACAUCGAAGCUACUCCCCAAGCCGCUCCAUCUGCGCUGCUAGGUGACGAUGAUACGCCAAUGACUGACGUCGACGCCCCGACCGAUGUUAUUCACCCGCCUGAGGGCGUGCCGGAGUCGCAGUCCGAAGUUGUGAAUGUUGAGCUAGAAUCUACACCGACAGAGGAUGAUAUCAUGCCCCGCCAUGAAGAAAUGAUUCAGGAGCACGUUGAACCGACUGGAGAUAUCAGCGGCCAGCAAGCAGAUGUUGAGAUGGAAGAUGCUGCUCCAGCAGAAGCUCCCGCUCCAGAUGACGUGGACGCGUCCGACAAAGUCCAGACUCAGGCGGAGGGUGAUACUGGGGCAGAGGUUGAUAUUCCGACAGAGGCAACUAUUGUAUCCGAGGACGCUCCAGUCCCUGAAACGGCGAAUAACGUCCAACCGGAGGAUACAGCAAAUGAUGCCGACCAGCCUUCAGAGUCAGAACAAGACUUGAUCCGGAAACGUAUUGAAGAGGCCCGUCAAGUCAGGGAUCGGUAUGGUCGUAAUGUCGAUGAUCUCAAGCGGAUGCCCAAUUACAACGUCAUCGAAGAUCAAGAUAGAGGUGGCUUCAUUGUUGAGGAAAUUGUUACACCUACUACUCGUCGUGCGAAGAACAAGCAACGAAAGUCACUCAACGAGGGACCUCCGCCUCUCGAUCGUACACUCGGGAGCAUCAAUCUCAAACCUGGCGAAAAGUUGGAAAGCGGCACCUUGGGUAAGCUUCCCACAAUUCAUGGUCUAGUAGAUUCACACCACUAUAUUUCUUUCAGUCUGGGCGAAGGCUGGAACCUAUCCGUGGUGGCCAGCAGUUAUAUAUGACGAGGAUCAUCCAGAGCUACCGGAGAAAAUCCUCAGCAGGAAAAAGGAGUUUGUUGCAAAGUACAGGAAAACCAAGCGGAUU